CCGGCUGUGAGGGUACAGGCAGUGCGAUGGCUCCGGCGCUGGACAGGCCCGGUUACUGGGGUCCCCCGACCUCCACCCUGGAGUGGUGUGAGGAGAAUUACGCGGGUGACCUUCUACAUCGCCGAGUUCUGGAACACAGUGAGUAACCUGAUUAUGAUCCUACCUCCCAUCUUCGGUGCAAUUCAGACGGUAAAAGAUGGAUUAGAGACGCGCUAUUUGGUUUCCUUUUUGGGACUUGCAGCCGUGGGGAUGGGCUCGUGGUGUUUCCACAUGACGUUGCAGUAUGAAAUGCAGCUGCUGGAUGAGCUGCCCAUGAUCUACAGUUGCUGUGUCUUUGUCUACUGCCUAUAUGAAUGUUUCAAGAACAGAAAUUCUUACAAUUAUGCGCUGCUCAUCCUACUGAUACUCUUCAGCUUAAUAGUCACUACAGUUUAUUUAAGGUUGAAGGAGCCUGUCUUUCAUCAGGUUAUGUACGGACUGCUAGUGUCCUUCCUAGUCCUCAGAUCUGUGUAUAUAGUGACCUGGGUGUACCCGUGGCUGAGAGGACUAGCCUACACCUCUCUAGGUUUGUUUUUAUUAGGGUUCCUGCUGUGGAACGUGGACAACAUUUUCUGUAGUACCUGGAGGGAAGUGCGGCAAAACGUACCACCAGUAGUGGGCGCUGUCACCCAGUUCCAUGCCUGGUGGCACAUUCUCACAGGACUGGGCUCCUAUCUGCACAUCUUGUUCAGUUUAUACACAAGGACGCUCUACCUGAAGUACCGACCUAAAGUAAAGUUCAUGUUCGGAAUGUGGCCGGUGAUUAUGGUGGAGAACCCCAAGAGACUUUGACCAAGCAGAACUUGAAGCACCCCAAACACAUUCCAGAUUGUACAGCAGCACCCAUGAACUCUGACCCCUGAAUCUAUGCAAUGGACUUCAAUACACGCGUAACUCUUAUAUUAUAUAUGUGCAGCGCAUAGAACUCCA